CUGCAGGUUUGCAGACACCUUUGGCAGUACCAGGACCGUACCCUGCUCCAUUUGGAAUGGUACGUCAUGCUGGCAUGAAUGGACAGUUAACCAGUCCAGAGGCAGCCUAUACUAGUCUGCACAGUAUGUCCCCCCACAUGAGUGCUGCUGCAGCUGCUGUGAUUGCCUAUGGAAGAUCUCCUAUGUUUGGGUUUGAUCCUCCUCCUCACAUGAGAGUACCUGGAAUCCCUCCAAAUCUAGCAGGUAUUCCUGGGGGAAAACU